UUACCCCCCUGAGAACAACUCACACCCCGGCUGUAAACCCUCCUACCGGCACACACAUGGGCUGGCUUAUAUGCGGAAGUUUCAGUUCCGCACAGUCCAGUUCUUCGAAGCACAGAACCGACGGAGUAAAGUCACGCUUCUUUCUCUCUCAAACACCGAACCCGGCUUCACAAGGCAAGGUGCAUCAUGAGCAGCAACUACAGUGUCACCCUGCCUGGCCCUGGCCCCUGGGGCUUCAGACUGCAAGGAGGAAAGGACUUCUGUCUGCCCCUCACCAUCUCACGGCUGACUGAUGGAGGAAAGGCAGCCAAAGCCAAGAUUAGUGUUGGAGACAUCAUUUUGUCUAUUGAUGGCGUUUCCACAGAGAGCAUGAAUCACCUAGAGGCCCAGAACAAGAUAAAGGCCUGCACAGACCAUCUCAGUCUCACUCUGCAGAGACCUCCAGCUGCCCCUAAAGAUGGAGUGCCCAAGGAUGAACCUCAGGAAAUCAUUAAGCCUGUGCCAAUCACUCACCCCGCCCCGAGCACCGCAUACACAAAGCCACUCAGUCAGCCCAAUCCUGCAUACAACAAGACAGCUCGGCCUUUUGGGGGCGACAGCGGUGGGGUUACGGCUUCUUCCUCCCCGGCUGCUCCCAAAGUCGCCUCUAUUCCUUCUGAGUCAUCUGCUUUUACACCAGCUGCCCCCUCUCAACCACCGCAGCCUCCGUUUCUGCUGAAGUCGAGCCUACCUGCCUCAAACUCGGCUAUCAAACCCGGCCCCGGUCGCUCCGCCUUCACCUCCCCAUCUGCCUCAUCCUCCUCCUCUAACUCCUCCUCUCCAGCCAGAAUGACAGCCCCCUCAUCCCACCCUAAUGUCCCACAGCCCUCCGUCUAUAACACACCCAUCAACCUGUACUCCAAUGACAAUGCUUGUGAGGUGGCUAUGGGGCAGAGGCGAGGUCUGUUGGAGAGCCAGGGCCUGUCAGAGCACAUCAACGGGAAGCCUGGUAUGGAGCCUGAGAAUAAUGCAUCUCCACUGAACGAUGCCAGCAAGAAGCGUCUGAUUGAGGACACGGAGGACUGGCAUCCUCGAACAGGAACCGGCCAGUCCCGCUCCUUCCGGAUUCUGGCCCAGCUGACCGGCACUGAGAACGAGCAAAUUCCAGAGAACAGUGGAAAGAAUGAAUCACUUGACAAAACCACCCCCACUGUGUACACAUCGGCUGCAGCGAAACCAUUUGCCAAACCUGCAGCAGCACCCAGGAACGGCAGCGUCGCCCCUGCUUCCACAUUUCAGAGCCCUCCAGCCCCCAACAAAGCCGCCUCCCAGCCUGGAUUUCCAUCAGGUCUUCUCAAGGGUGGAGUAGGCCCCUCCUUUGGUAAAGUUGCCAGUCCUGCUUCCAGAGGCCCAGACCGCCCCACUCCUCAGCCACAUCCAGAGGACCUCAACUCUCUGGUGCAGCGAGCUGAGCACAUCCCAGCUGGUACUCGCACCCCGAUGUGCAACAAGUGCAACAAUGUCAUCAGGGGCCCAUUCCUCGUGGCCAUGGGCAUGUCAUGGCACCCCGAGGAAUUCAACUGUGCUCACUGCCACUCCUCUCUGGCAGACCGUGGAUUUGUGGAAGAGAAGGGCCAGGUGUACUGCGAGCGUUGCUACGAGCAGUUCUUCGCUCCCACCUGCGGCCGCUGCCAGCAGAAGAUUCUUGGGGAAGUCAUGAAUGCCCUGAAACAGACCUGGCACGUGUCCUGUUUCGUCUGCGUAGCCUGCCAGCAGCCAAUCAGAGGCAACAUGUUCCACAUGGAGGAUGGACAGCCAUACUGUGAAAAAGACUACUACAACCUGUUUGGGACCAACUGCCACGGCUGCGACUUCCCCAUCGAGGCAGGGGAUCAGUUCCUGGAGGCUCUGGGAUUCACCUGGCAUGACACCUGUUUUGUGUGUGCGGUCUGCUCUACUAACCUGGAAGGUCAGGCAUUCUUCUCCAAAAAAGACAAGCCUUUGUGCAAGAAACAUGCCCACACUGUCAACAUCUGACCUGCCUCUCUGAAUACAAACAAGACCAGGCAACCGUGUCUGUUUGCAGCGAUUUCUAUUUCAAUCAGAUGUUAAAUAUUUUCAGAAUUAAAAAAAGACCGAGUUUACCUGUUUGUGUAUUCUGUUAGAAUAUCAAAGAUUCAAUUGUAAGCUUAUAUUUGCUUUAGUAUAUUUGUUAUUUCAUAUCACUUCUCUUAGAAAAUAUGCAGGAGUUCAGUGGGUUUAUAAAACACAUGUUUGUGCUGGGUUUUUAAUUAUGCUUGAGAAGUGCUGAGCAUUUUUGUUCAACAAAAAGAAGAGAGUUUACUGCAGUGACCUACUGGGCCCCUUGGGGGUCACAUAUUAGAAAAGGAUAUAGACAAUGAAAGGUGUGCCAUGUAUUACUAAAGUGACUGCAAGGUUUAGAAAUUAGAAUUAUUUAAGUUUAAGGAGGAAACAUAUUUAUUUGUAAGCACGGAUCAUCAGUUAAUGUGUUCUGGCAACAAAAUGGUAAAUUUUUUUAUUCGUAUCAUACAUUUUUUUUUGUAUUGUUUAGAGCUAUGUAGUAUUUAAUCAUUCCUGCUCAAUGAAAGCACCAGUUAGUAACGUUUCUAAAAGUGUGCAAAUCUAACACUGUUUUGACAUGACUGCAUCCAGGGGUAUUUUUUAAAAGACUCUGUAAUGAUAAGACAGAUCAAGCAGUGACAUUUUUCUGUUUAUCUUCAUUUUCUAACAACAACAAUUCAGGAUCAAAAUGGUUAACCCUCGUGCUUCCAGUGAAAAUUCACAUGGAACUGUAUUCCAGGAGCUCCUCGCAAUAAAAUGCAUUGUUUUUA